CUCUCUCUCUUCCCAAAAAUCAAAAACAGAAAAAUUACCAAACCCUACCAAUCGUCUUCUUCUUCUUCCUCCUCCGUCCUUCUUCUUCUUCCUCCUCUCUACGCGCCGCGCGUGUUCUCUAAUCAAUGGAGGCUCCAACGCCUCUCCUCCUUCUCUUCCUCCUCAUCACCACCACCUUCUUCACCACAUCCGUCGCUGACGACGGAACAGCAAUGCUCGCUUUAGCUAAAUCAUUCAAUCCUCCGCCGUCAGAUUGGUCAACCACAACAUCCACCGAUUUCUGCAAAUGGUCCGGCGUACGAUGUACCAACGCCGGUCGUGUUAAUAUAAUCAGUCUCGCUGAUAAAUCUCUCUCUGGCUUCAUCGCACCUGAGAUCUCGACUCUUUCAGAGCUCAAAUCUGUUUCUAUUCAACGUAACAAACUCUCUGGUAAAAUCCCUUCGUUUGCUAAGCUUUCUUCUCUUCAAGAGAUCUAUAUGGAUGAUAAUUUUUUCGUCGGAGUUGAAACCGGAGCUUUCGCCGGACUUACUAGUCUUCAGAUCUUGAGUUUAAGCGAUAAUAACAACAUUACUGCUUGGAGUUUUCCUUCGGAGCUUGUUGAUUCGAUUUCUCUCACUAAGAUUUAUCUCGAUAACACCAAUAUCGUCGGAGUUUUGCCUGACAUUUUCGAUUCAUUCGCUUCUCUACAAGAUCUCCGGUUAUCUUACAACAACAUCACCGGAGCUUUACCACCGUCGCUUGCGAAAUCUUCGAUUCAGAAUCUUUGGAUCAACAAUCAAGACUUAGGAAUGUCAGGAACGAUCGAAGUGUUAUCUAGUAUGACGUCGUUGUCACAAGCUUGGCUUCACAAGAAUCAGUUCUUUGGACCGAUUCCAGAUCUCUCCAAGAGCGAGAAUCUCUUCGAUCUACAGCUUCGGGAUAAUCAGUUAACCGGAAUAGUACCUCCGACGCUUCUUUCACUCGCAAGUUUGAAGAACAUUUCUCUGGAUAACAAUAAAUUUCAAGGUCCUCUUCCUUUGUUUUCAUCGGAGGUUAAAGUAACAAUCGACCACAACGAUUUCUGUACAACUAAAGCUGGACAAAGCUGUAGUCCUCAGGUGAUGACGCUUUUAGCGGUGGCCGGAGGUUUGGGAUAUCCAUCAAUGUUGGCUGAGUCUUGGCAAGGUGAUGAUGCUUGUAGUGGUUGGGCUUAUGUUACUUGUGAUUCAGCUGGGAAGAAUAUUGUGACGUUGAAUCUUGGGAAACAUGGAUUCGCCGGAUUUAUAUCUCCGGCGAUUGCGAAUCUUACUUCAUUGAAGAGUAUUUACCUUAAUGACAACAAUUUGACUGGUGUUAUCCCUAAGGAGUUGACAUUUAUGACUAGUUUGCAGUUGAUUGAUGUCUCGAAUAACAAUCUUAGAGGGGAGAUACCGAAGUUUCCGGCUGCGGUUAAGUUUAAUUACAAACCGGGGAACUCGUUGUUGGGAACUAAUGCUGGAGAUGGUUCAACACCUGGAACUGGUGGUGCUAGUGGUGGUUCUGGUGGGUCUUCUGGUGGUGGUGGUAGUAAGGUUGGUGUGAUUGUUGGUGUGAUUGUGGCGGUUUUAGUUUUUCUUGCCAUUUUAGGAUUUGUGGUUUACAAAUUUGUUAUGAAAAGGAAGUAUGGGAGGUUUAAUAGGACGGAUCCUGAGAAGGCUGGGAAGAUUUUGGUUAGUGAUGCUGUGUCUAAUGGUGGUAGUGGUGGUGGUGGAUAUGCUAAUGGGCAUGGAGCUAAUAACUUCAAUGCGUUGAACAGUCCUAGUAGUGGUGACAAUAGUGAUCGUUUCCUUCUUGAAGGUGGAAGUGUUACCAUUCCAAUGGAGGUUCUUCGUCAGGUUACGAAUAAUUUCAGUGAGGAUAACAUAUUGGGCAGAGGCGGUUUUGGUGUUGUGUAUGCUGGAGAAUUACACGAUGGAACAAAGACUGCUGUGAAGAGGAUGGAAUGUGCAGCAAUGGGUAAUAAAGGAAUGAGCGAGUUUCAGGCCGAGAUAGCAGUGCUCACUAAGAACGCACCAGAUGGGAAAUACUCUGUUGAAACAAGAUUAGCAGGCACAUUCGGUUAUCUAGCACCAGAAUACGCUGCUACUGGAAGAGUAACGACGAAAGUGGAUGUGUAUGCAUUUGGAGUGGUUCUUAUGGAAAUACUAACUGGAAGAAAAGCUUUAGAUGAUACAUUACCAGACGAGAGAUCUCAUCUAGUCACAUGGUUCAGAAGAAUCCUAAUCAACAAAGAAAACAUCCCAAAGGCACUAGACCAAACCUUAGAAGCAGACGAGGAAACAAUGGAGAGCAUUUACAGAGUUGCUGAGCUAGCAGGACACUGCACAGCCCGCGAACCUCAACAAAGACCAGACAUGGGCCAUGCAGUAAACGUGCUAGGUCCACUUGUAGAGAAGUGGAAACCGUCAUGCCAAGAAGAAGAAGAGAGUUUCGGAAUCGAUGUAAACAUGAGUUUACCUCAAGCUCUACAAAGAUGGCAAAACGAAGGAACAUCGUCAUCGACAAUGUUCCAUGGAGACUUCUCUUAUUCUCAGACACAGUCUAGUAUUCCUCCGAAGGCCUCUGGCUUUCCUAAUACCUUCGAUUCGGCUGAUGGUCGGUGACACCAAACUUUGUGUCGAUCUGUGAACAAAUCGAUGUUACUAAG